AUGUUUCCCAUCAACGUGGCAGCGAUGCCUGCCCUCCCAACCAGAAAAGCACUGAUAGUGGUCGACCUCCAAAACGAUUUUGUAUCUCCUGACGGUGCCUUGCCCGUGACCAAACCAGAUGGUUUUGUCGAUCGCAUUCUGGGACUGGUCAAGGUCUUCCGUGAUUCCGGUGCCGGCGAUGUCGUAUGGGUUCGAAGCGAGUUUGAACAACAUCGCGCCCUAGAUACCGAGGGAGACACCAUUAUAGCAUCCGAUAUACCAAUGCGCCCUUCACCCACAAGAAGGCGUGCCAACUCCAAAGAUCACGACGAACAACUCAUGGGAGCUGAUGAGGAGGCGUUCUUGACCGUUGUUGGCGGCCUUGCCAAACCGGCAUGCGUCCGGAAGGGCACACCAGGCGCCAAUUUUCCGCCCAACAUUGAGUCUUCCAUCAUGCGUGGUCGCGACUUUAUAACCACCAAAUCGCACUACAGCGCAUUCCCUCCGGGCCAAUCGCAGCUGGUUCAACAGCUGAGAAUGCGUUUUGUGACGGAUAUGUACGUGUGUGGUUCCCUUACCAAUGUAGGCGUCUUUGCGACCGCCCUGGAAGCUGGAAAACAUGCCUACGACAUCACUAUCGUGGAGGAUUGCUGCGGCUAUCGGUCAUAUGCACGACACGUCAAUGCCGUCCAACAACUAGAGAAACUCACGGGUUGCGAUCUCCUGGACUCACCAGCCCUCAUCGACAAGUUACAGCCCACUCAGCCCAGAAAUUCGGCGAAACACGGCCAUAGGACAAAGCCGUCGAGCGGGAGCAGGGAUGUCAAGAAGCCUGGAAAGGCAAAAGAGAGCAAACAGGACCGAGACAGAGUCUCCUCCGCCCCUCCAAAGGCUUCAACAAAUCACUCGACGGGACUUUCACCAACAAUGGCCAAGGUGUCAAUAGACCUCAGUAUUAUCUCUCCGAUCGAACCACUUCCUCCAUCACGGAGCACCACAAAUUCAGGCAGCUCUACCACGCCACAACCACGCCAAGCCACCAGGCACGCUAAUGUACCUCUUACACAGCCCAUGGUAACCCAUGGAGAUCUAUCGAAUCCUUUGGCCGACAGUCUUGCGCCCUUGGAAGCUGAUUUCGAGGCUGACAUGGACAACAUUGAGUCAGAGGUCUUGUCUAUCAAGCGUCGAAACGUGGAACGAAUUAGUCAAUCGCUAUCUGGCUCUCCAGGCGUACUCGGCGCAAAACCAGUUGAUGGUGCUGAUCCCUCACCAUCCUCACAGACUACAAGAGUAGCCGUUAAGCCACGAUUUCGACGUGACAUAACCUCAACGAGCUCAUCAUCAAGUUCGCCGUCCCACUUCCAGGGAGAUAACAAAGAUCGGGACUCGGCCGAAGCGCUGGAACAAAUCAAGGAUACCCCUUCAACCCCAGCAACAUCAAAUCAGCCAGAUCCAAACACCCCGCAGUCGUCUAGCAAUUCUCGAGAAACUCAUACAAAGACGUCAUCAACAACCACUAUGGAAGAUCAUCAAAAAUCGACCGUCUCUGAACCGCUUUGUGAGGGAGACACCACUGUUAUCACCAAUGCCCUCUCGCCUGAUCUCGCCGCUCAUGCCUUUGAGCGGCUUCUGGAAGAAGUCAGCUGGGCCGGCAUGUCCCACUUGGGUGGUGAAGUUCCACGACGCAUCGCAGUUCAGGGUGCUGUCGACGACGAAGGAAACAUGCCAGUAUACCGUCAUCCAGCAGACGAGUCACCACCACUUCUCCCCUUCUCUCCCACUGUCCUUGCUAUCAAGAACGAGAUCGAGAAGCACCUCGGCCAUCCACUCAACCACGUCCUUAUCCAGCACUACCGUAACAGCAGCGACUACAUAAGCGAGCACAGCGACAAAACCCUGGACAUUGUCCGCGGCAGUUACAUUGCCAACGUCAGUCUCGGCGCUGAACGAACCAUGGUCCUCCGCACCAAGCGACCACCCAAGGACAAGGACAAGAAGGAUACGCCGGCAGCAGCAGCAGCAGCAGGAGGGACCUCUGAGAGUCCAUCAGCAGCAGAAAAAACCAAACGCCAGAUCCAACGCGCCCCUCUCCCCCACAACUCCCUCCUCCGUAUGGGCCUCCAAACAAAUAUGCGCUGGCUACACGCCAUUCGUCCCGACAAGCGCUCCGACCGUGACAAGUCCUCUUCCGAGCUGGCCUACUCGGGCGCGCGCAUCAGCCUGACCUUUCGACAAAUCGGCACCUUCCUCAACGCUUCUCAAACCAUGAUUUGGGGCCAGGGCGCCGUCGGGAAAACCAAAGAGGAAGCCCAACCGGUGGUGAACGGCCAAACUGACGAGGCGGUUAGGAUGCUGCAGGCUUUUGGGCAUGAGAACCAUGUUUCCGAGUUUGAUUGGGAGAAGAACUAUGGAGCGGGGUUUAAUGUUUUGCAUAUGGGCAGCCCGAAGAGGUUCUUUGCGGGUAGUGUCCAGGGGAGGGCGUGCACAGUGGAGAACACGAGGGUGGCGCUGGCGUUGGCGGAUAUGGGGAUUGGAGUGGCUAGGGGGGCUAUUGACGCUUCUGGUGGUUCGGGUGAGGACGAGGAGGAGCAGUCUGAAAGAAGAGGAAGAAAGGUCAAGGUCGGAGUCAAGUUCGUGGAUAACGAUCCGGCGCGGACCGAGGUGGUUGGGGAUGUCAGUAUCCUGAGGUAUUUGGAUGCAGUGUAUGGAGCAGGCAGGAGGUACGAUCAGAUGACACCAGCCCAAGUGGCAAAGAGGUUCGCGAGGCUGGAGGAGGUGGACGAGUUGUGGACGGCUUGGAGUUGGCUGCUUAAGAGGUCGGAUAGGACAAAAACGGAAGAGAGUGGUGAUGACAAGGUCAGCAGCACUUCUGGGGCGGAGAAGGUGAAGCAAGCAAUCAGGGAGAAGAAGGCGCUGUUGAAGCAGUGGGAGGAAUAUGCACAAGAGGCUCAUACUGUCGCGGCAACGACGACAACCACCGACAGUACAGAUUUUCCGCCAACAGCAUCUGAAGCAGAGACUAAAACCCAGCCAAAAGAACCAGCAGCGAAGGAUCAGGACAAGCAUCACCUGACCCCUUUCUACAUUUGCGGCGGCGAGGCUCCCUCCCCAGCGGACUACGCCCUAUGGCCCGUUCUGCAUGAGCUAGUCACCUACGUAGACGGUGACACGGAGGUACUCCGUAUCGGGGAGGGUUACCUAGCCAAGUAUUACAUGGCUUUCAAGCAGAGGAGUGCUGUUGCCAAGGUGGUGCUUAGCGGUGGCAAUACUGGUCCUGCCUCUGGUGAUGGUGGUGGGGAAAAGGGUGGUGGUGUCGCUGCUACUGAUACUGAGGAGAAGAAUACCGCCCCUAGUGCUCCUGCUGCUCCUGCUGCUCCUGCUGCUCCUGCUGCUCCUAUUGUUGCUGCAGAGGUACCUCUGAGAAAGACUCUUGAUACCGUGGUGGAUCUCGAUGCUGGCCUCAAGCAAAUAGCAGAUUCGCCUGGCGAAGAGGUGGAAAUCAACAAGACAAGUGGAAGUGUCUCUGUUGUCGAUAAGGUCGAAGAAAAUACAUCUAUGUAAUGAGGAGAAGCAAGAGGAGGAAGAAGAACCGGUUGGCGAUGGAGAGGGUUAGUAAGUAGUAGACAAGGCGGUGUUACAACUAGAGUACUUGUACUCCCACUGUUGCUGAGGAAGGAAUGGAAAUGAUAUCAGAAAUGUGGGACAAGGGCAAGGAUAAGGACAUGGAUAAGGACGGGAGGCACGGGGGUUUUGCUUAAACAAAAAGGAUGGAAAAAAAAAAGGUGAAAGUAAGGACUGGAGGAGAAGUGAAGACCCUAGAAGUACCUAGGUAGUCAAAAAGGGAGAGGAGGUAAGGUAUGUAUAUAUCAUUGUAGGUAGUUGAGAGAGGAAGGAUAUAUCAGGAAGGUCUACCUACCUAGGUACCUACCUACCUACCUACCUACUUGAAUCGGGAAUCUAGGGCAUGUAGAGAGAGAGGUAUGAUAUACCAUCUUGACAAAUGCCAACUACUGAUAUUC